CCAUUGUCCCAAGCGAACAUGGCCUUACUAACCUCAUCCCUUUUGUUUUUUCUUUCUCACCCUUCAAACACAACACACACACCACCGUACUAACGGAGCCCAAAAACGGAGAAAAGGGAAAUUAAAAAAAAAAAAAACUGGGAGAGAUUUUUCACGAAUCUAGCAUCAUUGGUUGAGAGGAUUCCAGAGUUCAUCUUCAUUCCUCCACCCAGAGAGCAUCUUCCCUAAUUUUUUCGAUUAUUUCAGUUUGGGAACCCUAACAUCACUGAUUUUCUUUCCUCAACACCUCCAUCACACAUAAUUACCUUCAUCAUCACCAAUUCUCUCACGCACCAACAGAACAACAAAUCAGGGGCACACUUUCAUCCAUCAUCACAUCAACGUUCAUUACUGCCGUCUCUGCAUCUAACGGUUCAAGCUACUGCGCGCUUCAAUAAGAGCCUCACGCGCUACCCAUACUUCAUCCACUCCGGCGAAGUUCUGGCGGGUUUCUUCGUUCGUGGAGCUUAACGGCGCUACUUUCUUCGUUCGUUCCCCGCCGUUCAUCAUAAGCGCCCGCGGCCUCGCCAACCACCGUUGGAACCUCGCUGGUGCGUGCUGUACCCGAGCCCUAAGUAGCUAUUCACCACCGGCGUCGAAGUAGAACAUUCCCCCAGAGCUCCUGGUGCUCCUGCUCCUGUCCCUCGUGCACAAGAGCUUGUGGAUUUUUCUUAUGCAGAAAUUGAUGCAUCUUCAUCUAAUGAAUGAUCAUACUCCUUCAAACAGAAUGCAUUUAACUAGUAUUGAAUCAUCUAACGCUUCAACUUCUUCUCGUCCACAUACGCAAGAUGAAAUCACUAAUACCUCUGGUGGAGUUCUGUUACAAAAUUCCAGUGCACUUGUUGAGCCGAAUCGAACCGGACAAAGUGGCAUUUCCAUGUUCCAAAGGAGUUUCUUUUAUUCAAAUAUGGAUGAGAGCAUGAAACAGUUCCAAAAAAAAUUAACAGAACUGGAAGUGGAAGCUGAGCACCAUCUUUUAGCCCGACAACAGCUGGUUGAGAAUGAUAGAUUGAGAAAUGGGAAUAGAGAAGCACUUACUGCAUUAAGGAAAAGGGCUCGGACAACAAUGAGCAGUGUUCCAUCUCCUUUCGAGUCAAUGAUGAGGGGAGUUGCUGGGAGCUCAAGACCUUUGGUUCAGGAGGUAUGCAACACCUGUGGCAACCAUAACACUUCUGAGCCGACAUGGAUGAUGUUUCCAGGAACAGAUCUGUUUGCCAGAAUACCGUUUCAUGCAGCUCAUACUAUAUAUGAAACAGAUCAAGCGAAGCUUGACUUUGAGUCAAAGAAACUACAGAGCAUUAUGAAGGAAAAAGCUUACCUUCUAUCAGAGUCAGGUAUUCUUGCAGACAAGAUAAGCCCUGGAUUGCUCAAAUCGCUUGUAACCUUAAAUGACAAGAGAAAGUAAGAUGCCUUGACCUGCUAUAUAGUGAGAAAAAGCUUGUCGUUGCAUUGUCAACUGGGUGGAAAAUGUCAGUGUUUUCUGGGAGAAUCUUGAAGCAUUUAGGUUUUCAGUUAUCUAGUCUGUUACUGCAAGUGUGUACAUUUUUUUCCCCAAGUUUAUAUACUAUUAGUACUACACUCAAUUCUAGAGAUGGAACUGUUGUUGCUUGUCUGCCUUAACUUAUUUUGAUGAAACAAUAACUUAUUUUAA